AUGGCAAGCGGGGGUCAAAUUCCCCAGACCACUCCCCUUCAUCCUUCCCCUCCUUCUUGGGCUCAAAUCGCAUCCAAAGUCACCACCACCCAAGAGUCCUCUCCUCUGCACAAUCCCGCAAUCCUCAACAAACUUAAGGAAACUACUUCUGAUUUCAUCAAGCUGGACAAUGAUACUUUGAACCGAGCCCGUCUUCGCUUCCAACACUUUCUCUUUGGCAAAUUCUUCGGAAAACCUCCUUUGUUUGAACAAGUGAAGACUAUACUCUUGAAAAAAUGGGAGAAAAUUGGAGAAAUCCUAAUUUCGGAUCUACCUAAUGGCUUUAUCCUUAUUCGUUGUGCUAAUAACACUGUUUUGCAGCGCCUUCUCUCUGAAGGACCCUGGACCAUUAAUGUUAUUAUCUUGCAAUUGUCUCCUUGGCGCCCUUACUUCGAACCUACAUUUACCAAGCUUACAACGGCAGCAAUUUGGAUCCAACUUCAUAACCUACCAAUUGAGUUCUGGAGUGGUGAUACCCUUGAGACCAUUACUGGUCACCUCGGAAAACUAUUGAAAAUUGAUGAGCUUACCCUUUCUCUUACCCGAACCAAGUACGCCAGAAUUUGUCUUGAACUUGAUCUCUCCAAACCCCUCUGCAAGGGCUUCUGGCUUGGAGAUGAUCUUCAUCGUGUCUUCGUUGUGGUUCAAUACGAGUGUCUUCCAACCUUUUGCUAUUCCUGUGGAGUGAUUGGACAUGGUUCGAGCUCUUGCAGCCGGAAUCCAGCAACCGGGAAGGCGAAAGCCUUUCAGCCCUCUCGUGGUUCACGAGAGAAGGAGGUUGGAGCUGGUGCUAGGAACUCUGUCCUCUCCUCCCCAGCUAGCAGCGACGCUACUCCGUUAGCCUCCGAGAGUACUGAGAGUGAAUCUGAUUUUGGCCCUUGGCUUCUCGUGACUCACCGGCGUGGCCAUUCCUGUUCCCGUGGCGGCGGUGCUCGCACCCUUAACGUGGACGAUGGAACGACAGCCGUCCCGAGAAACGACGACCGUUCAUCCUGA